AUGGACCUAUCGUAUGGCACUACAUGCAUCCUUACUCAUUCUCUCACAAGAAUUAAUGAAGCGGUAACAUGCAAAUUCAACAACAAUUUGUACAAUGUGGGAGUCAUAGAAUAUGACUACAAUUGGCAUCCCUUCUAUCACAUUCCCGCUACUCAGGAACAUCUGGAUGAUGAAGACGAAGAUGCAAACAAUAAUGACUUGUCCAAAACAGAUUCAGUCGCGAAAUCGGACGAGGAAGGUAUUUCUAAAACUUGGGUGAAUAAUCAUGAGGAAGAUUUAGAAGAAGGAUAA